ACAGAACCAGCAUUUGUCCACAGACCGGAGCUUUAGGACUCGCCUCAGGACCAAGCACCAGGACUCCUCUACAGACCCGGAGCUUUAAUACUCACAAAGGGACCUCUGACCACCCGGGCUCGUCCAUAGACUGGAGCUGUUUGUCUUGCCUUAGGGACUGAAACAGCAGGACCUGGAGCAGCAGCGACCAUGGGGACAGCCGAAGAGGCAGAGCAGCCCCGCCCCUCAGACAUCACCGUGUUCGGGGCAAACUGCACCCUGCACGGGCUCAGCCACAUCUUCCUGCCCGGCGGGGUGACCAUCCGCCGCCUCCUCUGGGCGGCCGCCUUCACCUCCUCGCUCUCCAUCUUCCUCUACCAGGUAGCGGACCGGGUCAUCGAGUAUUACAAGUACCCCCAUGUCACCCUCCUGGACGAGAUGGACAGCCCUGUCAUGUACUUCCCCGCCAUUACCCUCUGCAACUACAACAGCUUCCGAAAGUCGCAGAUGCGCCGCAACGACCUCUUCUGGAUGGCGCGGAUGCUGGGCGUGGAGCAGGCAGACUUUGACGACUACCUGGCUGCUCUCGGCCAGCCCUCGGACGGCGGCAAGUUCUUCCCCAGCAAGACCUUCAACAUGCUGGAGUUUGUGCAGCGCACCAGCCACAACAUUGAGGAAAUGCUUCUGGACUGCAAGUACCGUGGUGUGGACUGUGGGCCAGAGAACUUUACCACCAUCUACACCCGAUAUGGAAAGUGCUACACCUUCAACUCUGGGCAGGAUGGCAACCCCCUGCUGACCACCCUAAAGGGCGGCACGGGUAACGGGCUUGAAAUCAUGCUGGAUAUUCAGCAGGAUGAGUACCUGCCAGUUUGGGGCGAGACAGACGAGACAUCCUACGAGGCAGGCAUCAAGGUUCAGAUCCACAGCCAGGACGAGCCGCCCUUCAUAGACCAGCUGGGAUUUGGUGUGGCUCCUGGCUUUCAGACUUUUGUUUCGUGUCAGCAACAACUGCUUCAGUAUCUGCCUCCGCCCUGGGGAGACUGCAAGUCCACCCCGAUCGACUCGGAGUUCUUCUCCACGUACAGCAUCACAGCCUGCCGCAUCGACUGCGAGACGCGCUACCUGGUGGAGAACUGCAACUGUAGAAUGGUGCACAUGCCAGGGACUUCAACCGUAUGCACACCUGAGCAGUACAAAGACUGUGCUGACCCAGCUUUAGAUUUCCUGGUUGAGAAGGACAACGAUUACUGCGUGUGCGAGACCCCCUGCAACAUGACCCGCUAUGGAAAGGAGCUCUCCAUGGUCAAAAUCCCCAGUAAAGCCUCUGCCAAGUACCUGGCCAAGAAAUUCAACAAGACAGAGCAGUACAUCGGAGAGAACAUAUUAGUCCUGGACAUCUUCUUUGAGGCUUUGAACUAUGAGAAGAUUGAGCAGAAGAAAGCAUACGAAGUGGCAGGCCUGCUUGGUGACAUUGGUGGACAGAUGGGCUUGUUUAUCGGCGCCAGUGUUUUGACAAUAUUGGAAAUAUUUGACUACUUAUAUGAGGUGUUUAAAGAUAAAAUCCUGGGCUACUUCAUACGCAAGAAACGGCCACGACGGUGUCAGAGCGACAAUCUGGAAUUUCCAGAGAACCCAACCAGCCCUGGUGUCACGCCUAAUCAUGCCCCCAGAGUACCUGUGACACACUCCGGAGUCACUCGGACAGUCUCGGAUUCACGCCGAACAUGUUACCUCGUCACCCGACUCUAGGCAACUUCGAGGAGUUCGCCUGUUGACGACAUUACAG